AUGGCUCCGGGAAUGAUGAUCACCAAAAAUAUGCCGAAUGUGUCACAUUGGAGCCUAGAAAGUGGGUAUGCAAAUGAAAUGAGUGAUGGUGAGUAUCCAAUUCGCGCGGUUGAUUCGGGAAAAAAUGCGGCGUUUGAUGUUGUUCUGACACUUUUGAAAAGAAACUUCGACUUCCAUUGCAAGGGUUUUGAUCAAGGAUUCAGAGUCAUUUUGAGUAUGCCUGGCGAAGAAUUGAAGGCCACGCUUAAUUCUUUGCGAGUUCCAAUCUCAGAAAACUCUCUUAUAACAAUCAAACCGAAAUGGAUCACCACAUCAGAUGGACUACGCAGCUAUCGGCCAAAUCAACGGCAAUGUUUCUACCAAAAUGAACGUCGACUACGGUUCUUCAAAAUGUACACACAGACCAAUUGCGAAGAGGAAUGUUUAUCGAAUUUCACGAAACUCGAAUGUGGAUGUGUAAAAUUUUCCAUGCCAAGGGAUGUUUAUACCACAAUUUGUGGCACAGCGAAUAUAAAUUGUUAUGAAACAGCCAUGCGAAAAUUAUCCACUGAUGAUAGUCCAGAAUCGUUUAGUGCUACAUGUAAUUGCAUUCCAGCGUGUACAUCAAUUGAAUAUUCCACUAGUAUCGAUCAUAUUAAAUUCGACGCAGCGGCUAUAAAUAAGAUCCCUGGCUAUAAAUCGAAUGAUUCGGAGUAUGAAUCAUAUUUGAAUUAA